CACCAGUGACUUAGGGGACUUGUUCCCUCUCAGAUUCAAGUUGACCUCGUCCCGACCAAAGACAGCAACUUCCGUUACUGCUGUGGCCCAGAUUUCUCAGGGAAAGAUAAAAUGAAUAAGAAGAGGCAGCGGAACUCAGCUCUAUGUUCUAGCUCCAGUACCACAUAAACCAGAAGGGGUAACGGACAGCUGUAACCUCAGCGCUGGGGACCUGGAGGCAGAAGGAUCAGAAGUUCAAGACCAUCCUGAGCUACAUAGUGAGUUUCUGGCCAGAUUAGCUGCCAGGUUCUACCAUCCCCCAAAGAAAGAAAAUAAAACUUCCCAGGUAAAAAACAAACACUUAAAGCAUGCACACACCAGAGGAGGAGGAGGAAUUCCCUGGAGUUGGAAUUACAGGCAGCUGACAUGGGUGCUGAAAACCCAACCCAGGCACCUCUUGGAAAAGAGCAGAAGCGUUCUAUCUCCUCAUCCUAUGUUUUUUGUAGGUUGGUUGGUUUGUCUGUUUAUUAUUAUUAUUAUUGUUGUUAUUAUUAUUAUUACUAUUACUACUACUACUACUACUAUUUAUGUAGUGUAGUCUAUAUGAGCGCUUGUACUAGAAUUAUAGGCCUGUUGAUCGCAGUGGCUUUGAAACAUCCAGUCUUCCAUGAAGUACUGCAGCUUCCCUGUUACUAAGGUAAGGUAUCUGAAACUUAAAAGCACUGUCUUGGGGCUGGGGAUUUAGCUCAGUGGUAGAGCGCUUACCUAGGAAGCGCAAGGCCCUGGGUUCGGUCCCCAGCUCCGAAAAAAAAAAAAAAAAAGAAAGCACUGUCUUUCCUUGGGGGGUGGCUAAACAUACAUUCAUUCAUUCAUUCUUCCUUCCUUUCUUUCUUUCUUUCUUUCUUUCUUUCUUUCUUUCUUUCUUUCUUUCUUUCUUUCUGAGACAAGAUCUUACUGUGUAGCUCACUGGUCCUCUAUAUACAGACUCUGCAGGCCUCGCUUACCUCUGGUAUGUCACCACCCCUGGCCAUGAGGGAGGAAUUAAGAAUUGUACUCAUUUUUCCCUCGGUGAGACAAAAGUGAUUAACAGCUCAUACUUGUUUUAUGCAGAGGGCCCAGGUCACUUGGAGGCACAGAGAUUUCUCUGACUUUCAAGGAAAAAACUGAGGACAGCUGGGAUCAUGGCAUGAGGACCAUGGCAGGUCACCUCUCUUGGCCUUGGACUGCAUCCCUAGGGACCUUUUUCUGUGUGUCCCCCCCUCCCCCGAUGGGUCGGACAAGUAGGAAGAAGGUGGCCCUUUGCUUCCUGCAUCUCCAGUUUUUGGUGUGGAACAUGAGGUUCUGCCUUACUUGAUUUGAAUCAGUCCUGUGAGGGACAGGUCAUAGAAAGUACUGUCGACGGCUGUCGAUGCUUUGGUACAAAUGUCCAUUGAAUCAAUCUCAGGCAACCGACCGAGCAAGGCUAUUAUUUUGUCUUUUGUGGCAGAGUGAGAGGCAGAAGCAUAGACAUCCUCAAGAACGUCCUGGGCCACAGUGCUGUUUAGAGCAGGCACCUAUGGGAGGGGGGCCUGGCAUCAGUGUGAGCAGAAGAUGGAGACCCAGGAGCACUGGACACCUGCAGGAUCUUAGUGAGGUCAACGUAUGUUAUGAGACAGCUCAACAAGUGCACAGCACCAGAGGAGCAGAAAAGAAAGAACUGGAGGACUGGGACAUAGCUUAGCAACAGAACACUUUAACAUGUCAGGGUCUUUAGUUCCAUCCUAGCACUGUUGUGUGGUUCUGUGUUCAUGUCUGUGCAUGCAGGUAUAGUGCAUGUGCAUUAUGGGUGUGCCUAUGCAUACAUGCAUGUAGGUAGGUAUAGUGCAUAUGCAUUAUGGGUGUGCCUAUGCAUACAUGCAUGUAGGUAGGUAUAGUGCAUGUGCAUUAUGGGUGUGCCUAUGCAUACAUGCAUGUAGGUAGGUAUAGUGCAUGUGCAUUAUGGGUGUGCCUAUGCAUACAUGCAUGUAGGUAUGGUGCAUGUGCAUUAUGGGUGUGCCUAUGCAUACAUGCAUGUAGGUAUGGUGCAUGUGCAUUAUGGGUGUGCCUAUGCAUACAUGCAUGUAGGUAUGGUGCAUGUGCAUUAUGGGUGUGCCUAUGCAUACAUGCAUGUAGGUAUAGUGCAUGUGCAUUAUGGGUGUGCCUAUGCAUACGUGCAUGUAGGUAUAGUACAUGUCAUUUAUGGGUGACUAUGUAUACAGAGGCCAGAGCAAUGUCAGGUGUCUUCCUCAGUCACUCUCCACUUUAUUUUCUGAGUCAGGGUCUCUCUCACUGCCCCAGAGGUCACCAGUUGGGCCGUCGUGCUCCAGGGAUUUGCCUUUCUCCAGCCCUCCAGAGCUGGGUCACAGAUGGAUGCCACCAUCCCUGGCUCUUACAUUUGUAUUGUGUAUUGUUUUUCUAUUUUGUUCUACUUGUCUGGAAGAAGCCCAAGAUACAGUAGGUACUCUAUGAAUGUGUAAAGGACUCUUGAAUGUGUAGGCUCUGGAAUUGAACCAGAUCUUGUUCUUGGUUGCUUAGCCACAGCUUUCUUGCCUGGAAAAUGUCACCACAGGUUGUAUGUGAUGGUGUCCUCAUCAUCCCUGUACUUGGCAAACUGAAGUAAAAAGAGUUACCAGAUCAGGGCCAGCCUGGGCUACAGAACCUGACCUUUUCUGAGGACAUGAGGAAGGAUGGCAUAAUGGAAGCACUUCGCCUCUAAGUCUCUUCAUAACACACCAGAUCUUAGGAGUGUGUGUGUAACUUAUUGGAAUGUGCAUUUGCUGUGUUCACUGAACACAGGCUUAGAAUGGGGCUGGGUCUGAGAGCCCAGCCAUGAUUGAUGGCAUCUGUGCAAGUGAGUAUCCUUCCUUCAGAAAAUGGAUAUUCAAGCCAGGGCUGGUGGCACAGGCCUACACUCUAUAAAGAAAGAGACUGUGAGCUAAAUCUUGCCUGGGCUAUAGAGAGAGUGCAAAGUCAGCCUAGGCAACUGUAAGACCCUACCUCAAGAAUGUAAACAGAAGUAGCUCCUUGGUAGACUCUUGCUUACCUAACCUAUGUGAGGCCCUGCAUUCAACCUUCAAUACUGAGCUGGGGGCAAAAGGCGAGUGUGUGUGUGUGUGUGUGUGUGUGUGUGUGUGUGUGUACACAAACACACCUAGUUGUGUGAUGUCCUAUACAUUCAUUCUCCAGUACUGGCAGGGAGAAUUGUAUUUAUGUCUACACAUGACACACAUAAUACUGGGUGUGGUGGCAUAUGCCUGUAAUCAUAGCUACUUUGAAAGGGUGAGGCAAGGGGAUCACUCCUUAAAGGGAAGGAAGAAAAUAUUUCAUAAGUAGUUUUAGGCUGCCAAGGACAGUAAGGACAACUCCUGUUUCACUGAGUGACAGGGAAGAGCUGACAAGACAUAAGAGACCAAGAGGCCUCCUAUACCUUUGGUCCUACUUUUUCUAAGAUAUACUCUGCAGUUGUCUAGGGCAGCUUGUGGACUCCAGGUUUCAUUGUCUAUGCCUGAUGAGGAUAUGUUCUAAAAGCUUAGUUUUUUAAAACAGGAUCUCAUGUAAUCCAGGCUAGUCUCAUACUUGAAAUCUCUCUACUUCAGUUUCCCAGGUGCUGGAACUGAAGGCGUGCACCACCACACCGGUGGGCUUCUGUGUGUUUCGUUAUCACUUUGGAUCACUGAACAUCAGAGCGGUUCUGUACAUUCCUCUAUCAAAACAGAGGAAGACACAAAAGAACAAACUCUCUUCACAUGCAGCUCAGUUGUAGGGAGAAGGGAGAUGACUAAUGCCUCAGAAACUAGCAGAACCACUGUCAUGUGAAAAGGAAAGCCAUGAUAAGAAGUAGAGGCUCAUGGGGACCUCGUCUAUGGCUCCAGCUGCCAUACGUCUCCCAGGGGAAAGAUGGCUUGGUCCCACUUGUCCCAUGUGGCUUGGAGUUAAACUGCUUCAAGAUUCAAUCUCAGGACUGGAGGAUUCUCUGUUCUUCCAGAGGACCUGGGUUCAAUCUCCAUUUCCCACAUAUGGUUCACAAGUGUCUGUAAUUCCAGAAGAUGUUCUCUUCUGGCCCCUUCAGGUUCCACACUUGAACACAGAUAUGCAUGUAGAUGAAAUACCCAUUCACAUAAAGUAAAAUAAAAAAAAUACAACCUAUUCUAUCUCAGUCAUAGCCAAACUAUGGAUCAAGCCAGGGCACUGGCUCUGUUGCUGAAGCACACAGGAGCUGGCACACUUGGAAUCCCAACACUGGGGAGGCAGAGACAGAACAUUUCCUGGGUUGCUGGCAUUUAGCCAGCCUAGCCUUCUUGAUAAAAUUUCAGGGCCCAGUGAGAAUCUCUGUCUCAAACAAUAAGCUGAGUGACCCCCUAAAAAAUUAUACUAUGUUCAUACAAAGUCCUUCAAUUAGCUUCCAAAAUGCAGGUCACCUGUCCUUGUAUUUUGGAGGCUGAGGCAGCAGGAUGGAAAGUUCAUAGCCACUCUGGGCUACAGGGUAAGAGCCCAUCUUAACAGAAAAGAAAAAAAAAAUCUAAUUGUAUGGCCAUAUGAGGAAAUGGGCCCUGCAUCUUGAGUGGGGCUCUCUCCCAUCUUCCCACCACGGUAAGCAUCAGAACUGGCCUUCUUGCCCUCAUCAUAGACCCACUCACCUAGUCCAGCUGUGGUCCUGUUCUGCUAUGCUGACAGCUAUGCUAAGCCUGCUUGAGUCCCUGCCCCUUACUUCCCUCUCUAAACCAGGGGGCAGCCUCCAUCCCUCAAAGCCUUCUAAGAACCCACGGCUGAGAGACCCCCGUGGAAGCCCCCAGAGGUCCAUGACGGUCCAUUCACACCACUCCAGAGAGUCAGAAGACAGCUCAGAACCUGCUCCUUCUGUAGAGCCAGCUGGGGAGGAACCACAACCGGCAGCUUCCAGCUGCCCAGUGGAGGACACAGGAGCUGCCUCUGACCUCCCAGGAUCACCAAAAGAGCUGGUCCCCCUGCCUCCUUCCCAGAGCUCAGUGGGGAGGUUUGUCCCUCAGUUUGCCAAACCAAGGAAGACAGUAACUAGAAAAACCAAGGCAUGGGAAGAGGAUCCAGAGAGCUGCACCACAAGCCAGGAAACAACGCCAGAGCUAGGUGCCCUAGAAGCAGCCAGCCAACCACAGAGAGAGUCCCUGAGGUUCCCUCUCCAUGAUGCCAGAAGACCAGAAGACCAGACACAGCCAGAUGGUACCCUCUCAAAGGAGAGGACCAGCUCACUAGAUACUGGAAGCUUGGAGAACAAUGGUUUUGAGAUGGCCACAGUUCAAGACAGUAGUAGCCAGGGAAGAACCCUGUCGGCUGCUGCUGCUGAAGGCAGGGAGGCAGAUAGCAGCACCCCACAGGAAGGAGGUACCCAAGGAGGGGAAGCAGAGGCCCAGCAUUCUGGGGAACCCCAGGAAGGAGAAGACAUCCUCUACACUUCAGCAUUAGUUCCUGCCUCAGAUCCUACCAUACCAUGCCUAGAGACCUGGUCUGUGGCUCAAGACCUCUCUGUCCCCACACACAUUCUUCACAGCACAGCUGCAGCACCCAGCUUCGGUAGCCCAGCGGGUGCCUCUCUUAUGGACAGCGUCAUUACAGAAGUGAGCUUAGAUCUCUCUGUGCUGCAACACAGUGCACUAGAGGUGGGCAGCCUGCUGGGCUCUCCAGAUGGGCAGAUCCCUGAUGGAGGCUGCAGUGGGACUCUUGCUGAGGAGACCCCAGCAGGCAGCAAGGAGACCAGAUGGAAAGAGAAGUCCCCUGGUGAUGAGACCCUGGCAAACAUCACUGAGACUGCAGUACCUGUGAAACAAGAGCCCAUGGUGGAAGCUGGAGAUUCCAGCCAUAUAGCCCAGGAAAUGGGUCCUGCCGUCAAGACCAAGGACCCUGGCUCUGAUGGACAGCUGCCAGGGGAUAUAGGAAUGCUGCCUUUACCAGCACAGCCCAUGGAUGAAAAGGUGGUGGAGUUAAGUGGCCUAACUUAUGAUCAAGACUUGGAGGGCCUCAGUCUGUACCCUCAUACCCCCUCUCAGCUAGAGCACACUUGUCUAGCUAGUGACCCUCCCCAGAGCUCCAAGGCCUGUCACAGCAGCCCAGACAUUCCUGUACACCCAGCAGGGAAGCAGCAGCCAGCUCCCAGUCUCAGAGACCAGGCUGCAUGGCAGGAGUCCUCUGCAAUGGAACUAGACUUCCUGCCUGACAGCCAGAUACAGGAUGCCCUGGAUGCCACCAACAUGGAGCAGGGCUUUCCUUCAGGGAAUAUGUCAGACCCUGGCUGGCCUGUCCCUAGCUCAUAUGCCAUCGGAGGAUCCCCAAAGGCGGUGGCCAAACCUCAGCCCAGACCCCAUGUGGGAACCUGGGCCCAGGAGCCCUACAGGAUGCAGGACGCAACAGACACGGUGCGAGGCCUUGUGGUAGAGCUCUCCAGUCUCAAUCGACUGAUUAUGAGCACUCACCGGGACCUGGAAGCCUUCAAGCGCAGGAAAACCAAGUCUCUGCCUUACCUGACUAAGGGGUUAGGGAGCCUUGCUAGAGGGGAUCAGGGCUGGAGGGACUUGUAAACUGCUGUAGCCUGUGGGGGUCAGCCUACCAUAGCUUAUAGGCAGGAGGCUGAGGGUGGCUACUCCCAUGGGACAGGGUGCCUGAGCUUUAGGAAGUCAUCUGACAGAGCAUGGCCCUGCCCCAGAUGCUCAUCCAGGUUUGAGCACCCAGGCUCCUGAGCUGAGCUGCAGUUGUCUUUGUUUCUGGAGGGGAGCGUGCCCUCUGUUCUGUCUGUCCUUCCCCCAUGCUUUCUGUGAGUUUUGGGAAGGCAGGGAAUAAAUGAUGCAGUUGUGAGCCUGA